AUGCGCCAGUGGGGAGGGGGACACGGCAUGCACCGGGGUGCGCUGGGGAGGUGGGACCGGGAGAGCCGGGCUCUGCGGAAGGGCGGGGCAGACGAGCACUGGGAGCUGGUGGGGGCCAGGGCAGGGCUGGACCCCCCGGGGGAGAAGCGUGUCCCAGUGAGGGGCCCUGGGGGGCUGCCCCGGGGCAGUGUGGACAGGGACUGGGUGGGGCUGGAGGAUGAGACACAGAAGCGGGAGGAUGCAGAGAAGAGCUUGGUGCUGUUCCGCAAGGAUGUGGACAAUGCCACGCUGUCCCGUCUGGAGCUGGAGCGCAAAGUGGAGCUGUUGAUGGAUGAGAUUGGCUUCCUCAAGAAGCUGCAUGAGGAGGAGCUGCGGGACCUGGAGGUGAGUGCCCCGAGCCCGGUGGUGCCAGUGGAGGUGGAGGUCUGCAAGCCAGAGCUAACGGCCGCUCUGCGGGAGAUUCGCACCCAGUAUGAGAGCAUCGCCAUGAAGAACCUGCAGGAAGCAGAGGAGUGGUACAAGUCGAAGUUUGCCAACCUCUCAGACGCAGCCAACCGCAACCAUGAGGCACUGCGUCUGGCCAAGCAAGAGAUGAACGAGUCACGGCGGCAGAUCCAAAGCCUCACCUGCGAGGUGGAUGGGCUGAAGGGCAUGAACGAGGCAUUGCAGCGGCAGAUGAGGGAGAUGGAGAAUGAGUUCGGGGAGGAGAUCGGAAACUACCAGGAUGUGGUGAGGCGGCUGGAGCAGGAGAUCCAGCAGAUGAAGGAGGAGAUGGCACGGCACCUCUGCGAGUACCAGGACCUGCUCAACGUCAAGAUGGCCCUGGACAUCGAGAUUGCCACAUACCGCAAGCUGCUGGAGGGCGAAGAGGGCCGCAUCACCAUCCCCCUGCACCCUGCCACCUCCUUCAGCAUGAGAAGCUCAGUGCUGGAGCCGCAGCCUGCGGAGAGCCCAGCGUGGAGGAUGGUACUCAUCAAAACCAUUGAGACGCAGGAUGGGCAGCAGAUGGUGACAGAGCGAGCAGAGCUGGGGAAGUGA